AUGGCUCGUGGGCCAGGAAAGGUUGAGGUGAUUACUGUCAAAGUACCUCGACUUCACUCUCAGCGUGUGGAUCCAAAACUCGCUCGGCACAUUAAACUACAAGCACAGGCUCAAGGCGUUCGUGCGGAUGUCGCAUCACCCAGCAGUGAUUUGAGCCAGGCAAUUAUCAAUACUUCAGAAUGGAAUUCGCUGUUAAUAACAGCUCGGGCCGAACGAGGCCCACAGUGGGAUGUUGGUACACAACAAUUCCAUGUAGACCAAUACUCAGAACUAUACUAUGACCCUACCUUACUUCGGGAGGCCGCCAAGAAGCAAUGGGAUGAAGAAACAGCGUCAGACGAACCUCAACCAGAGCAGCAACAGCAACAGCAACAGCAAACCAAUCAACCUAACCUUCGUCAGUCUCAACCACCACCUCAGAUGAUGCAAACCCCUCAUCGCGAUCGUGAAUUCCAUCCUGUCUCUAGACAAGGUUCGCAUGGUCCUCCACCGGUCAAUUAUACCUAUCCAGGAUCCCCAAACAUGGUGCGAGGACCAGGACCAGGACCCAGUGGCCCCAGCCCUCCUCAGUUUUCACCUGGGGCAGGCUCGACUUAUAACAAAAUGCCGCCUCAAAACCAAUACUUUCAAGGCCGACCUGACGGUGGCAUACCGAAUAUGGGUAGUGGUGGAAUGGGUGGUGGAAUGAGUAAUAUGGGUGGUCCCUUGGGCGGGAUGGCUGGUAAUAUGGGAGCUGGUAUGCCAGGUGGAAUGAAUCCAGGAAUGGGUGGAGGAAUGCCACCCACCGCAGGAAUGAGACCCCAGAACAUGGGUGGGGCCAUGGGUGGAAUGGGUGGUGGAAUGGGCGGUGGAAUGGGUGGCAUGGGUGGAAAUAUUGGCGGAAAUAUGGGUGGAGGGAUGCCGGGCAUGGCUGGAAUAAACGGAAUGGUAAAUUCCAUGAGCAACCCCAUGAGUAACAUGAGCAAUAUGGGAGGAAUGGGAAACAUGAGUGUGGGUCGCGGGAUGGGUUCAGGGAUGGACUUCACGUCUGGAUCUCAUAUGGGCAUGUCUGGUGGUAUGGGUGCUAAUAUGGCAGGGAUGGGGGGCGGGAUGAGCAUAGGAGGUGGUAUGGGUGGCAUUGGUGGGGGAAUGAUGCCUGGUAUGAAUCCUCGAAUGCAGGGAGGCAUGGGGAAUGAAUUCCCUAUGCACUAA